AAAAGAAAAAAAUAUAUCAUGUAUCUAUCAAAAAAGAGGAAAAUUUUGUUAUUGUAGAUUUAACCACCAAUGUCUUUCAAAUUGUCGUCGUUUUUAUUAACAGUUUUACCGUUAAUUUUUCUCUUAAAAUUUAGUGACUAUUAUAUUAGUUCGUUUCUUAUUCUAAAGAUAAUUAAUUGUAUGUGUGAAAUGUCACAUUGAAUGAGCUUCGAAGUGGAUCGGUACUCGUCUGCGUGGGCACAUAUCGCCCUUUGUGCGGAUCUCACAUGGGCUACGGAACCUCCCGAUGAAUUCAUAAUAGCUAAUCAGCGUCUCUGGGCACAGCACUGUCGUGUGUCGCAAGUACUACAAGACACAUCAUUGGAAUCACAAAGUUUGCAAACAAAUAAUCAAUGCGAAUUAACAGAUAAUAAACGUGCAAUAUCAAGCCAAAGCCAAGAAAAUGGAAGCAGUAGUGGCAGAAGAAGUGUGAAAGACGUGAUACCAGAGUCAAGAUUGGCACAAUUCUAUGGAAAUUUUUAUUACGACGAAGUCAGAGAGAAAUGUUAUACAAGUACGAAUGAAAAGACGAACUUGCGAGGGUAUAACGGACAGGGCUGCGAGAAUUCUGACCUCACGGAAUGCUGGAUGCUGCCUGAGGUGGAGUACUGGUUUCGCAAGUUGGUAGACGAGUCGUCCGAGCGCAACAUGUUUCCGCGCCGCCGUCGCCAGUACAGGAUGCUGCCCGACGAAGAUUUCGAGCGCUGGGGCCCGAGUGGGGCGCGGGCCGCGGGCGAGGAGGCGGCGCUGGCCGCGCGCGUGCUGAGCGUGCGGGCGCUGUGGGCCCCCGCGCCCCCGCGCGCGCCCCCACACGCGCCGCGCGCGCCCAGCCCGCCCGCCGUGUCGCGCAAGAUGCGCGCUCGCCGCCGCCAGCCGCGCCGGCUCACCGCGCUCGCGCCGCCGCCGCCCUCCUACUGCCUCGACGUACCUGCACAACUCUUCUGCGACCCGACGUGCAAAUUCCAAUUCGAUCCGCCGCGGCCUCCUCAGCUGACGGAGUGCCAGCGCGCCAUGGGCCGACUGUCGGCGAGCGUGCAGGCGGUGAUGCGCGCGUCUGCCGCGCGGUGCCCGCCCUACCGCGGCACCAACGUGAGCCGCUACGCGCCCACCGGCCAGCGCCCGGCGCGCUGCCCCGACCGCCGCUAUGGGGUGUGGUGGCCGCGCGACCACCCCUCGCCCCGGCUGGACCACAGGUUCCAUCUCACACACGUCCACCACACCUCCGCCCCCUCCGGGUCGAAGGCGCCCACCAGGACGGAGCCCGAAGAGGGCAAGACAGAGGAACUUCCAGAGGAGAAGGAAAGCACCAGCAGUACCAACGAACAGGCCCUGGUGUCUACAUCCGAGCCGCAAACGUCACAAGCUGACAAACCGGAAAGUCCAAAGACCCAAGACAAAAUCGUAGCUGAUGGCCAGCUACCGUCGACAAGCGCGGCCGCUAUGGACACAGGACUUAGGAAGAAACGUCUAUACAGCACAGUGCUCAGUAUGAGCGCGCCGGCGCCGAUCGGGCUCACCCCGGUCGUCAGGCUGGCACAGAAACUCGUCACUCCCGGCCUACUCAAACUGAAUCCAAAGAUGGUGCUUCCUGGAACAAGAGUUCGCCCACCGAAUGUAGAUCACAAAUUCGAAGAACUCGAAAAAGAAGCCCUGGAACAGUACAAGGCGUCUGACGAAAGUAUAGACACCAAGUUUCGAGAACUAGAAAAGCAGGCUGUUGAACAAUACAGCACGAGCAACAGCAACACCAGCUGCAGUAGUGGAAAUUCAGCAGAGAAGCGAGCCUCCAGCUCUCCCUCCGAGAGCGACACGAAGACCAAGCAGCCGGCAAAAUUUCAUAAAGAGAAACCGGUCGACAGCGUCGUGAUAUAUUCACAAAAUUUUCCCGACCUGAAUUCGAAGGGGCAGACGUCGAGUGUUAUGAAUUUAAAAAACUUCCACACCCCCCCGAGGGGGGAAAAAAAGGAGCAAACCCAUAGACCGAGUAAGAACUUGCGGUGUUUGAAAAGCGAGUCGCAGCGGGCAGCGUCCGACACGGACUACGAGGCGCGCGAGAACAUGAAGGGCACCCACAAGGGGCCCGUGCGGUGGACGUUGCACGUGGUGCCGCCCAAGAAGCGGCACCUCACGCUGUGCGUGUCCGACUUCUCGUCCGACGAGGACCUGGACGACGGCAGCGUGUCCAUGAAGGACGCCGGGCCGUGCAUCAAGAACCACGCGGCCGGCAAGGCCAAGCUGUCGGCGCACGGCGGCGGCGACCUGCACCCCAUCAUGAGGAAGACGUAGCAGGUUGCUGCGCAUCCCCACACGAUUGCUACUCUUUUAUUUUUACGGUUUACACGCACUCCCGCCACUGACAGUUGAACAGCAGUGGUCAAUUGUGAAUUGUGGCCUGUAGCCGGCCAACAAGCCUAGCGCACCCCGAGCUACAUGUCCAAUAAGUAAAUUCAUUUGUGUGUGGCGUACUGAUAUAUUUUUGACUGUUUUAUAUGAUGCGUCCGUCAACUUUUAGUGGUCGGAGCCAGUUUUUGAUAUAAUUAUUGCUGUGAAUGGAGUUUUAGUGGGAUCCCUCGCAGACCUGUAUCGAACAAUGUCGUGACCGGCGUGAACCGUGUUCCGAUAAAGCUGUUUUAGCAAUGUGCUUAAUUUUACUAGUCAUAAAUGCUUUGUAUAUAUAUUUUUGUAUUUUUGACUUUAUUAUUGAAUAAGAAAAAUAAUUUCAGUUCAUAAAAAAGGUUAACAGUACAAAAAUUGACUUCUUUAGGUAUUUAACGAGAGAACAAAUAAAUUUUAUAUGAAUUGUUCAAA